ACAGCCACAGCAGUUGGUUUCGGUCCUUUGAGUGACGGGUAUUCUUUACUUCUUUUUGAGAAUAUUCGCACAUAUUGAGCUGUAAAAACCAUGUCUUCCAAGUUCUAAAGACCUCAUUCUCGUAUUGUGAGGCAUGACUUCGACGUGACACCGAUGGAGAACCCCAAAAGCGGCGACGGUAGUGGCAGCGCCGACCAUGAGGAGGGAAAUAGCUUGGAUGGAUUUGUCGAGAAGCAGCUGGCGCUAUUGGAACUGGAACGAGAAGAGGAGGUCGAACAAAAUGCGAAGCUGCAGGAGAAGUACUCCGUCAAGGAACUCCAGAGCAAAGGUCUCUGCAUCGCCAAGCUAGUCCUUGACUCCGCUCACACCGGCCUGUACGGAAGGACAAUCUGCAAGUUUCGCUCUUGUCACCAUGGAGCACCGCUUCCAUCUCAUGGCUUUUCAAACGGUGACAUUGUUGGUGUGGCGGCGGCAAGUGAUCCAGCCAGGGAGGUCAUUUGCUCUGGCGUUGUUUCGAGCGUUGCAACGGCAAACAUCACACUUGCUUUCGACGAAGGCCGUGACACACUCGAUGACGAUGACGGUCGCAUUUUCAACUUGCUCAAACUUGCCAAUGACGUCACCUACAGGAGGCUGAAAAGGACCUUGGAGAAGCUUCGAAAAUGCAGAGAAGUGAGGUACAACAACCUAGUUGAAAUCCUGUUCGGAACGGUGUCUCCCACCGAGCUGCCAGUGUUGACUUCUCAGCAGCCUAUUGAGUUUUUCAACAUGGCCCUGGACGAAUCACAGAAGGAGGCGGUGGCCUUCUCCCUGAGGCAGAAGGAGCUGGCAAUCAUCCACGGUCCACCGGGGACGGGAAAGACGACGACCCUGGUUGAGGUUGUGCUCCAGUGUUCCAAGCAAGGGUCCAAGGUUUUAGUCUGUGCUCCGUCGAAUGUUGCCGUCGACAACUUGGUGGAAAGGCUGUCGGCCACCUCACUGAAGGUUGUGCGCCUCGGCCACCCGGCGCGCCUGCUGCCCGGCAUCGCUCGGCACUCCCUCGAUGCCAUCUUGGCCAGGUCGGACGACUUCGGCAUCAUCGGCGACAUCCGCAAGGAGAUAGAUGACCUAAUGUCCUCGUCUGCCAAGAGCAAGGCCAAGGACAAGGGCUAUCAGACACGCGGCAAGAUAGCUGAACUGCGCAAAGAGCUCAAGGACCGUGAGCGCAGGGCCAUUGGCCGAAUCCUCGCCAACGCCGAUGUUGUGCUGUCAACGCUGACCACGGCCUCAGAUGAUGGGCCACUGAGAAACCUGCCCGAUGGCCACUUCCAAGUGGCCGUCAUUGAUGAAUGCUCGCAGUCCCUGGAAGUUGCUUGCUGGAUGGCGCUUCUUCGAGCACCCAAGUGCAUUCUUGCCGGGGACCAUCACCAGCUGCCCCCGACCAUCGUCUCUGAAGCUGCAGCCAAGGGUGGCCUGGAGGUGACGCUGAUGGAGAGGGCACUGCGUCUACACGGCGAGGCCAUUGUCCGCAUGCUGGUGAUGCAAUAUCGCAUGCACGAGCUCAUAAUGCGCUGGUCGUCUGACCGCCUCUAUGCUAGCAAGCUGGUGGCACAUGCCUCCGUCGCUGCGCACCUGCUCAGGGAUCUACCUGGAGUGGAAGACAACGAUGACACUGCACUGCCUCUGCUUCUCAUCGACACGGCCGGAUGUGGAAUGGUUGAACUGGACACACCGGAUGAUGAGUCCAAGGGAAACGAAGGGGAAGCUGACCUUGUGUCCAUUCAUGUUGAACGGCUUGUUUCAAGUGGCGUCCCAGCCUCUGAAAUAGCUGUGAUCUCACCUUAUAACCUCCAGGUCGAGCUCAUAAGGCUUCGCCUCUCUUCUCGGCAUCCUGGCUUGGAGAUCCGAUCGGUCGACGGCUUUCAGGGUCGUGAAAAGGAGGCCGUUGUGAUGUCAUUUGUGCGCUCUAAUGACACAGGAACUGUUGGCUUCCUCGCUGAGGAUCGGAGGAUCAAUGUGGCGGUGACGAGGGCCCGGCGCCACCUGGCCGUGGUGUGUGACAGCACCACCAUGUCGAGGCACGACUUUCUCAAGUCGCUCGUUGACUACAUUGGCGAUGAAGGGGAAGUACGAAGUGCGCGGGAGUACACGUCUGACCUCGAACUGUGUUCAUCCACACUAAGGCCAUCCAGCUUACGGACAACGGAGGUGAACAAGCCGGCCAGCAAGUCCAAGUCCAAGUCACGGCAGCAGCCAGCACAGAAUGCCCAGAGUGCUCAGGGCAUGAAGCCAAGGCAGGCCUCAAAGCAAAAUGGCGCUCUACGUUCUCAGAGGACAACGGAGGCAACAACCGAGCCGUCUCCGUGGGAAGCUGUGGUCCAGGGCUUUGCUGACUCUACGGACAAGCAGCAGUCACUCCCAAGCUCCCUGAGUGCCUACGAGAGACGCAUAGUCCAUGAGCUUGCUGAAAAACUCGGCCUAAUCCACGUCAGCGAGGGCGAUGGCGACAAACGACACAUUGUACUAAGAAAGCGUGCUCCACAGGGAGUGGCGUCUUGCGCACCUUGUCCUCGAGACGAGAGGAAGAAGUUCGGCGGGGCAGUUCUGGAAGGUGACACGGAACCGACAGAAGCCGCCACCUUGAAACCCACAACCAUUAUAGCAGAAGGGCCAUGUGGUGCAAGUUCAGCAGCCGACGAGCCAACCGCGUCACCACGUCCGAAAGUGCAGGAGACCAAAAUGCAGCAGCAGAAAAAAAAGAAACAACCAGCAAAGCCUCCUGCGGGUGACGCCAAGGAAGAAGAAGACUUUGACGAGCUAAUUGAAAAAGUGAUGAAGUCGGACACGACGUGUGCUUUCGUGAAAUGUAGUGAAAAGCUACACACUGCACUCGCAGGCAUAGGCGGACCGUGCCCUUUUUGCAGACGUGGUUUCUGUUUCAAGCACGCGUUGCCAGAAGUGCAUGGAUGCGGUGAGGAAGCUUGCAAACAGGCUCGAAUAGCUUGGCAUCGCUCAAAGGGUGGCACUGUGGCACCUAGCCAUGUCAAGCCAGAGAAGAGGGUACAAGUACAGAAGGCACUGGAUAAGCGGCUUACUCAGAUGGCAGAGUCUAGGAAGCGGCAGACGAAAAAAUAAUGCUUUUCUGGAAGGGGAUGUCUGUUUUGUGUGUGUGUGUAUGUGUACAGCGUGUUUACUCAAGUUAAUGUAAUAAAGUGGUGCCUGCAUGGCUCACAUAUCAUGUGGCAA